CCACCUCAGCCCUGUUCCCGCUGCCCCUCCUCCCCUCUCCCCGGGCUGCAGGACCCCCAGUACCACCAUGCAGGGCACCGGUCCCAGCUCCCGGUGUCGCUGCGCCUCCCGCCCCGGGGGGACGAGGGGGUAACUGGUGCCACCGCCCCCCCCAUCCCCCCACUCCGCGCUCCCUCCCCCCAACCGCGGCCGCCCGCGCUGCGCUCGGCGGGGGCGGCAGCCGCGGGAUCCGCCCCCGGGGCCUCCCACGCCGCGGCGGAGCCGGGGCCGCUGCUAUUUCACGGUACCGCCCGUGUGGGCGGCGCGCAGAAGCGGCGCGGCGCGGCGGAGCGAAAGCGCCCGGUCCGGCCGCGGGACCCCCGAGCCCCGCCGGGACCUCCCCCCUCCCCCCCACCGGACCCCCGGCCCAGCGGCGGAGCACGGUCCCGGAGCCCCCGCCGGUUCUUCCCCUCCCCUCCCUGGCCAAGGGCGGCACCAGCCGGCGGCUCGCCAUGGCCCUGCCCCGCACGCUGGGCGAGCUGCAGCUGUACCGGGUGCUGCAGCGUGCCAACCUGCUGGGCUACUACGAGACCUUCAUCCAGCAAGGGGGGGACGACGUUCAGCAGCUCUGCGAGGCGGGCGAGGAGGAGUUCCUGGAGAUCAUGGCGCUGGUGGGCAUGGCCACCAAGCCCCUGCACGUCCGCCGCCUCCAGAAGGCCCUACGCGAGUGGGCAUCCAACCCGGGGCUCUUCAGCCAGCCGGUCUCGGCCGUGCCCGUCAGCAGCAUUCCCCUCUUCAAGCUCUCUGAGGCCGGUGGGCGCAAGGCGCUCAGCAACGGGCACGCCAGCCCUGGCGAGGCCGCGGGCAAAGGGGCCGGUGGCACCGGGACGCCCCCAGCCCGCAGCCCCACGGAGCCUGGGGAGAAGCUGUCGCCGUCGGCGCUGCCGCCGUGGCCCGGGAGGAGCACCCCCGAGUCAGAGGGUGGUGGGGAUGAGGAGCCAGGGGGUCCCCCCUUCUCCCCGGGCGGGAGCGGUGGCGAGCAGCCGGCGGGCACGGAGGUGCUGGAACCGGAGCUGGUGCGGACGGUGGUGGAGAGCGUGGAGCGCCUGCUGCAGAGCUGCCCCCGGGGUGGUGAGGCCGAGCUGCGGGCACUGAUGAAGCUCAACAAGAAGCUGGCCAAGGCCGUGGGGCACAUCUUCCAGCUGGAGGACGGUGACCGGCACAAGGAGGAGGAGAUCCGCCGGCACAGUGCCAUCUACGGCCGCGGCGAUGCCCGGCGCCGCGAGGGCAAGCAGCUCACCCUCCACGAGCUCAUCAUCAACGAGGCGGCCGCGCAGUUCUGCCUGCGGGACAACUCUCUGCUGCUGCGCCGCGUGGAGCUCUUCUCGCUGUCGCGGCAGGUGGCCCGGGAGAGCUCCUACCUGUCCUCGCUGAAGGUGGCCAGGGCACAUCCCGAGGAGACCGGAGCUACCGUGGCCAAGCGACUCAAGCAGGAGGCAGGAGAGCAGAGCCGCCCCGAGCUGUUGCCGCUGCCGGUGGGGCCGGUGGGACCGGAGCCCCUCGGUGGCGCAUACCGAGCCGGGCUCGAUGAGGACACCGGGAGCCUCUCCGGGGAGAGCCUCGAUGGCCACUUGCAGGCGGCGGGGGGCUGUCCCCGGUUGACCCCCCCACCCGUGGCAGCCCCUGACGUGGCUCUCGGCCUCCCCCCGCACGGGCUCUGGAGUCGCCACAUCCUGCAGCAGACGCUGAUGGACGAGGGGCUGCGCCUGGCCCGCUUGGUCUCACACGAACGCGUGGGGAGGCUCAGCCCCUGCCUGCCCGGGAAGCCCCCGGCGCCAGAGUUCGAGGAUGGGCUGGCAGAAAGGGGUCCUCCUGCCCCCCCGGAACCCCCCCGCAGCACCAUCAAGGUGGAGCAGGAGACCAGCCGCCAGUGAGGCCCCUACAGCCCCCUCCCCUCAUCCUCCCUCCCCCCAUUAACGAAGCAAUAACGUGCUGGGGGAACGGGUGCCAGCGGCGCGGCGGUGCUCCGGGUGCGGGGAGCCGGUGAGGGCUUGGCCAUGGGCCCCCCCCCCUCCUCUCAGGGGUCCCGACCCCUCCCGCACCGACGCUCUGGUUACCUCAGCCGCGGCGGGACGCGUUCCCCGCAGCAGCAAUACCCUGGUCCCCGCCAGGCUCUGGGCACCCCCCCCCCCCCGGGGCUGGGAAGCCCUCGAUGGACUCAAACCCAAUGUACAGCU